AUGAAGCUGUCACUCUAUGGCAAAUCACAUGUCCGAUCAAUUUUGGCCUCACAACAUGUUUCUACCCAUUUCUUCUCUUCAAUUGCACAAGAUAGACUGUACAGAAGAAUCUCACCAAUCGGUGACCCCAACAUCUCAGUGACACCAGUCCUUGAUCAGUGGGUUAGACAAGGCAAUUCUGUAACAAAAUCAGAGUUGCAGCUGAUAAUAAAGGAGUUGAGAAUUUACAAGCGUUUCAAGCAUGCCCUUGAGGAUGUGGAGAAGGCAGAGGUGACCUUUAAGAAGCUGACGGACAUUGUGGUUAUGAGGUCCCCGUUAGUUUUCAAUAUAUUGAUGAAUCUUUACUUGCAGACAGGUAAUAAUGAGAAACUAGAUGCCUUAAUGUCCGAAAUGGAAUCAAAGGGCAUUCCAUUUGACCAAUAUACUUUCAGCAUCCGCUUGACUGCAUUUGCAGCUAACUCUGACAUUGAAGGAAUGGAUAAGAUUCUGGAAAGAAUGGAGUUAAAUGAGGAGGUGGCUCCAGAUUGGAAUACUUAUGGCAUUGCAGCAGAUGGGUACUUGAAAGCUGGGCAAGUAGAAAAGGCCAUGACAAUGCUGAAGAAACUUGAGGAACGGAUAACUGAAAAAACAAAGAGUAUUGCACUUGAUACUCUCCUGAAGUUUUAUGCUAGAACAGGGAAUAAAGAGGAGCUGUAUCGUAUCUGGAAACUUUACGAGAAAAGGGAUAAAAUCUACAAUAAGGGCUAUAUGAGCAUGAUAAGCUCGCUUUUGAUGUUGGAUGACAUUGAAGCUGCCGAGAUGAUUUUUAAGGAGUGGGAAUCCAGGAAUUUAUCCUAUGAUUUCCGAGUUCCUAAUAUAUUGAUUAAUGCAUAUUGCAGAAAAAAUCUUUUAGCGAAGGCCGAAUCCCUUAUAGAUCAUGCAAUAACCAAAGGGAGUGAACCUUCAGUUGAUGCAUGGUAUUCUCUUGCAAGUGGUUAUCUUGAGGAUAAUCAUAUUCCCAUGGCAAAGGAAGCUAUGAAGAAAGCAAUCUUGGUGUGUCCACUUGGAUGGAAGCCCAGCAAGGAAACUUUGACUACCUUUCUGGAAUAUUUGGAAGGGAAGGGAGAUCAGAGCAAAGCUGAAGAGUUCGUAGAAUUACUGAGAACUGAGUCUAUUUUCUCUCCAGUUGUUCACAACAGAUUGCUGACAUAUAUUAAGGGUGGCAAAUCACAAUCUGAUGUGCUUAUAGGAACUCCGUCAGCGGGGACAAUCCGAUGGCCUAUGAGGUGCUUUCUGAAGUUCUACGAUGAUGUUGAAGAUGUGAGGACUGGGGUCGGCUUAUUUGUAAUGCUAGAGUUUGAAUUUGUACUUCUCCUGAAUCUACAUGGGCUAAAGGGUUUGUAG